AUGGAGUUCAGCGCGUCGUCUGUGUUUGACCAGCAGAAAGGUAAGCAAGCAGGCAACCAGUGUUGGAUGUUACAUAUCACAAUAAGGAAGAGGAACUGGAACAGGGGAGAGAGAGAGAGAGAGAGAGAGAGAGAGAGGGAGAGGGAGAGGGAGAUGGAGAGCGAUGUUGCUGCCGCUGUUGCCAUGGAAAUGCUAUGUUCUCUCUACUUGGCUUUGGCAUCAUGAUGAGUAGAUGCUAGGUUUAUGGCUGGUGUGUGGGAUGACUAGGUAACAAGAUCUAGUGUGUAGGGAUCUAGUGUGUAGGGAUCUUAUCCAUAUAGUGUGGUCUUAAAUGAAAAGGUUUUAUACCUUUAUGUGGAGAACCCUUUUUUAACCCUCUAAGUGGAUUCUACUUUGAAUACACCAAGGUUUAGGGGAAAUCUUGCAGCGAGAGCUCUAUGCAUGAAUGGGGAUGAAUGGAUGUUACAUCACAAUAUCUAGGUACAGCAUUCCCAUUCACAAUAACUAGGUACAGCAUUCCCAUUCACAAUAACUAGGUACUGCAUUCCCAUUCACAAUAACUAGGUACUGCAUUCCCAUUCACAAUAACUAGGUACUGCAUUCCCAUUCACAAUAACUAGGUACUGCAUUCCCAUUCACAAUAUCUAGGUACUUCAUUCCCAUUCACAAUAACUAGGUACUUCAUUCCCAUUCACAAUAACUAGGUACCGCAUUCCCAUUCACAAUUUCGAGGUACUGCAUUCACAUUCACAAUUACUAGGUACUGCAUUCCAAUUCACAAUAAUUAGGUACUGCAUUCCCAUUCACAAUAACUAGGUACCGCAUUCCCAUUCACAAUAACUAGGUACUGCAUUCCCAUUCACAAUUCAGGUACUGCAUUCAAUUCACAAAAUUAGGUACUGCAUUCCCAUUCACAAUAACUAGGUACUGCAUUCCCAUUCACAAUAUCUAGGUACUGCAUUCCCAUUCACAAUUGAGGUACUGCAUUCAAUUCACAAAACUAGGUACUGCAUUCCACAAUAACUAGGUACUGCAUUCCCAUUCACAAUAAUUAGGUACUGCAUUCCCAUUCACAAUAACUAGGUACUGAUCCCAUUCACAAUACUAGGUACGCAUUCCCAUUCACAAUAACUAGGUACUGCAUUCCCAUUCACAAUAACUAGGUACUGUAUUCCCAUUCACAAUAUCUAGGUACUUCAUUCCCAUUCACAAUUACUAGGUACUGCAUUCCAAUUCACAAUAAUUAGGUACUGCAUUCCCAUUCACAAUAACUAGGUACUGCAUUCCCAUUCACAAUAUCUAGGUACUGCAUUCCCAUUCACAAUUUCGAGGUACUGCAUUCACAUUCACAACAACUAGGUACUGCAUUCACAAUAACUAGGUACUGCAUUCCCAUUCACAAUAAUUAGGUACUGCAUUCCCAUUCACAAUAACUAGGUACUGCAUCCACAUUCACAAUAACUAGGUACAGCAUUCCCAUUCACAAUAACUAGGUACUGCAUUCCCAUUCACAAUAACUAGGUACUGUAUUCCCAUUCACAAUAUCUAGGUACUUCAUUCCCAUUCACAAUAACUAGGUACUUCAUUCCCAUUCACAAUAACUAGGUACCGCAUUCCCAUUCACAAUAACUAGGUACUGCAUUCCCAUUCACAAUAACUAGGUACUGCAUUCCCAUUCACAAUAACUAGGUACUGCAUUCCCAUUCACAAUAUCUAGGUACUGCAUUCCCAUUCACAAUUUCGAGGUACUGCAUUCCCAUUCACAAUAACUAGGUAUCAUGCAUUCACAAUAACUAGGUACUGCAUUCCCAUUCACAAUAUUAGGUACUGCAUUCCCAUUCACAAUAACUAGGUACUGCAUUCCACAUUCACAUACUAGGUACACAUUCCCAUGUCACAGAUGAAUAGUACUGCAUUCCCAUUCACAAUAACUGGACCUGCAUCCAUUCCUAUAUAGGUACUGCAUUCCCAUUCACAAAUCUAGACUGCAUUCCUUACAAUCCGAGUACUCAUUCAAAAUUCACAAUAAAAGGUGCACACAAUAACUAGACUGCAUCCCAUCACAAUAUAGGUACGAUUCCCAUUCACAAAACCCAGGUACGCAUCCCGACCAAUAACCCGGUACCCGCAUUCCCAUUCACAAUAACUAGGUACAGCAUUCCCAUUCACAAUAUCUAGGUACUGCAUUCCCAUUCACAAUAACUAGGUACUGCAUUCACAUUCAUUGCGGAGACCUAUGGCAUAGAUCUGAAGUAGAGGUCUUCUCGGGCCAAGAAAGUUGGACCUGGACCCGAACGGAUCCGAAGACAAUCAGACCCGACCUGUACGGACCCGAUAAUACAAAAUACAAAUAUAAAAGGGGCACCCGAAUGGAUCUGACGACAACCAGACCCAGACCAGACCCGGACCAGACCCAGACCAGACCCGGACCAGACCCGGACCAGACCCGAUUGACAAAAACAUUUAUGUUUAUCAGCCAAGUUGCUCUUCUGGUUAACGAAUAGAUCUCCAUAUGUUGGCUAGGCCUUCAAUGAGUCAAUAAAUUCACCUUGUUAGCAUAAAAUAAAAAUGCUAUAGGCUAUGUAGAGCUGUGGUCGGGUCCAUUCGGGUCCACUCGGGUCCAUUCGGGUCCAUUCGGGUCCAUUCGGGUCCAUUCGGGUCCACUCGGGUCGAUCAGCUGUAGUUACAUAGACCUAAUGACAAUCAAACAGGACCCGACCCGAGGGAAAAGUUAGAAUUUUUGACCCGAACCCGCUCGGGUCCCGGGUCGGGUCCCGGGUAUUGGGGUUUGGGUCGACCCGUGAAGACCUCGAAUCUGAAGCCCUGGGAUAAGGCUGAUAUGAUAAAACAUGUGAGCCUCCUGCCGUUCAUCAGUCAAACCCAUUCACUCGUAAUACAGCUCUUGCUGGAAGAUUAUCCCCUUGGUAUUGUAUGGUGUCUGUCCAGAGUCCUCGGAAGAAUAUCCCCUUGGUAUUGUAUGGUGUCUGUCCAGAGUCCUCGGAAGAUUAUCCCCUUGGUAUUGUAUGGUGUCUGUCCAGAGUCCUCGGAAGAUUAUCCCCUUGGUAUUGUAUGGUGUCUGUCCAGAGUCCUCGGAAGAUUAUCCCCUUGGUAUUGUAUGGUGUCUGUCCAGAGUCCUCGGAAGAAUAUCCCCUUGGUAUUGUAUGGUGUCUGUCCAGAGUCCUCGGAAGAAUAUCCCCUUGGUAUUGUAUGGUGUCUGUCCAGAGUCCUCGGAAGAUUAUCCCCUUGGUAUUGUAUGGUGUCUGUCCAGAGUCCUCGGAAGAAUAUCCCCUUGGUAUUGUAUGGUGUCUGUCCAGAGUCCUCGGAAGAAUAUCCCCUUGGUAUUGUAUGGUGUCUGUCCAGAGUCCUCGGAAGAUUAUCCCCUUGGUAUUGUAUGGUGUCUGUCCAGAGUCCUCGGAAGAUUAUCCCCUUGGUAUUGUAUGGUGUCUGUCCAGAGUCCUCGGAAGAAUAUCCCCUUGGUAUUGUAUGGUGUCUGUCCAGAGUCCUCGGAAGAUUAUCCCCUUGGUAUUGUAUGGUGUCUGUCCAGAGUCCUCGGAAGAUUAUCCCCUUGGUAUUGUAUGGUGUCUGUCCAGAGUCCUCGGAAGAAUAUCCCCUUGGUAUUGUAUGGUGUCUGUCCAGAGUCCUCGGAAGAAUAUCCCCUUGGUAUUGUAUGGUGUCUGUCCAGAGUCCUCGGAAGAUUAUCCCCUUGGUAUUGUAUGGUGUCUGUCCAGAGUCCUCGGAAGAUUAUCCCCUUGGUAUUGUAUGGUGUCUGUCCAGAGUCCUCGGAAGAAUAUCCCCUUGGUAUUGUAUGGUGUCUGUCCAGAGUCCUCGGAAGAUUAUCCCCUUGGUAUUGUAUGGUGUCUGUCCAGAGUCCUCGGAAGAUUAUCCCCUUGGUAUUGUAUGGUGUCUGUCCAGAGUCCUCAGAAGAUUAUCCCCUUGGUAUUGUAUGGUGUCUGUCCAGAGUCCUCGGAAGAUUAUCCCCUUGGUAUUGUAUGGUGUCUGUCCAGAGUCCUCGGAAGAUUAUCCAGCAAGAGCUCUACUUUAUCCAGAGAUUGUCCAGAGUCCUAGAGUGCAUUCUUCCUGUUAGAUAUAGUAGAUCUAGGGGAACCCUCAUUUGUAGGCCAUUCUACUCCUUAUAUUUCUAUGAAUCAUAUUUCUCUGAUUGGAAUUCAAUAUGACACCCUGGGGCAAUGGAAAGGGGUGGCGCAGUGGUCUAAGGCACUGCAUUGCAGUGCUAGCUGUGCCACUAGAGAUCCUGGUUCGAAUCCAGGCUCUGUCGUAGCCGGCCGCGACCGGGAGACCCAUGGGGCAGCGCACAUUUGGCCCAGCGUCGUCCAGGGUAGGGGAGGGAAUGGCUGGCAGGGAUGUAGCUCAAUUGGUAGAGCAUGGCAUUUGCAACGCCAGUGUUGUGGGUUUGAUUCCAGUAUAAAAAAAAUAUGUAUAUAUAAAAAUUUAUGCACUCACUAACUGUAAGUUGCUCUGGAUAAGAGCGUCUGCUAAAUGACUAAAAUGUGGGUAGCACACAUUAGGAAUGUUGCGGUUGUGUUGCGGUCCUCUGUAGCUCAAUUGGUAGAGCAUGGCGCUUGUAACGCCAGGGUAGUGGGUUCGAUCCCCGGGACCACCCAUACGUAAAAAUGUAUGCACACAUGACUGUAAGUCGCUUUGGAUAAAAAUGUCUGCUAAAUAUUAUAUUAGGAUGGUGGCACGUUAUUUGGGGAGGACAGGCUCAUAGUAAUGGCUGGAACUGAAUAAAUCGAAUGGUAUCGAACUCAUAAAACACAUCGGUUCCUUGUGUUUGAGACUAUUCCAGCCAUUAUUAUAAGCUGUCCUCCCCUCCAUGGUCCUGUGUUGUGGAGGUUGUGGUGGUGUUAUGGAGAGGUUCUGGUCGUGUUGUGGUUGUGUUAUGGAGAGGUUCUGGUGGUGUUAUGGCGGUUGAGCCAGAUUGUGUCAUGUCAGUGGAUUUCCCGGACUGACUCUCACUUAAAUGUAAUGAUUUGAUGGAUUGCAUAAUAUAUCCCCUCUUAAUCAAUCGAUGAGACAAGAAAGGUUCCCUCAAUAUAUUGACGGAGGGAUGUCCUUCCUCACCCAUCAGCCGUGUCCAUGACUAUUCGAAAAGAAGGUUCUACCUAGAACCAUAAUUGUCCCCUUAAUGGAACCCUUUCACUAAUACAAGGUUCUACGUGGAACCGUUUGACCACUAAAAGGUUCUAAGUAAAACCUUUUUCACCACCAAAGGGUUCCACAUGAAACAAAUAACCAUUUUUUCCUAAGCGUGUAAAGUUCCUAUAGCAGUAAAGUUCAUAUAAAGUUCAUAUGCACCUACAGGUCGAGGUCUACAGGUCCUUACAAAUAGCACACUUCUUCUACUUCCAAUGUACACAACACUAUGUAAACAAAUACACAUUCCAAAUCCGUCAGUCUUCAAAAUGGCUAUGUUGAGGGUUUCUUCCCAAUGGUCUACAUCCAUUCAUAUAUUGUAUUACAUUCUAUACAUUAUUCAAUAUUUUUGCGUUUGUUGCACGAGUUAUUGCAGGACUUACAGUAUAUAAUCCAAAUUGAGCAUGCUCCAUCUAUGAAUUAAAAAUAUUAUAUUGACAUUGAUAUAUGCAUAACCACAUUGAUGUAUGUAUAACCACAUUGAUGUAUGCAUUACCACAUUUAUGUGCAUAUAACCACAUUGAUAUAUGUAUAACCACAUUGAUGGAUGUAUAACCACAUUGAUGUAUGUAUAACCACAUUGAUAUAUGUAUAACCACAUUGAUGUAUGUAUAACCACAUUGAUGUAUGUAUAACCACAUUGAUGUAUGUAUAACCACAUUGAUGUAUGUAUAACCACAUUGAUGUACACUACCGGUCAAAAGUUUUAGAACACCUACUCAUUCAAGGGUUUUUCUUUAUUUUUACUAUUUUCUACAUUGUAGAAUAAUAGUGAAGACAUCAAAACUAUGAAAUAACACAUAUGGAAUCAUGUAGUAACCAAAAAAGUGUUAAACAAAUCAAAAUAUAUUUAAUAUUUGAGAUUCUUCAAAUAGCCACCCUUUGCCUUGAUGACAGCUUUGCACACUCUUGGCAUUCUCUCAACCAGCUUCAUGAGGUAGUCACCUGGAAUGCAUUUCAAUUAACAGGUGUGCCUUCUUAAAAGUUAAUUUGUGGAAUUUCGUUCCUUCUUAAUGCGUUUGAGCCAAUCAGGCUCUGUCGUAGCCGGCCGCGACCGGGAGACCCAUGGGGCGGCGCACAAUUGGCACAGCGUCGUCCAGGGUAGGGGAUGGAAUGGCCGGCAGGGAUGUAGCUCAGUUGGUAGAGCAUGGCGUUUGCAACGCCAGGGUUGUGGGUUCGUUUCCCACGGGGGGCCAGUAUGAAAAAAUAAAAUAAAUUAAUGUAUGUACUCACUAACUGUAAGUCACUCUGGAUAAGAGCGUCUGCUAAAUGACUAAAAUGUAAAUGUAAAUGUUGUGACAAAGUAAGGGAUAUACAGAAGAUAGCCCUAUUUGAUAAAAGACCAAGUCCAUAUUAUGGCAAGACAGCUCAAAUAAGCAAAGAGAAACGACAGUCCAUCAUUAAUUUAAGACAUGAAGAUCAGUCAAUACGGAACAUUUCAAACUUUGAAAGUUUCUUCAAGUGCAGUCGCAAAAACCAUCAAGCGCUAUGAUGAAACUGGCUCUCAUGAGGACCGCCACAGUAAUGGAAGAGCCAGAGUUACCUCUGCUGCAGAGGAUAAGUUCAUUAGAGUUACCAGCCUCAGAAAUUGCAGCCCAAAUAAAUGCUUCACAGAGUUCAAGUAACAGAUACAUCUCAACAUCAACUGUUCAGAGGAGACUGUGUGAAUCAGGCCUUCAUGGUCGAAUUGCUGCAAAGAAACCACCACUAAAGGAGACCAAUAAUAAGAAGAGACUUGCUUGGGCCAAGAAACACGAGCAAUGGACAUUAGACAGGUGGAAAUGUGUGCUUUGGUCUGGAGUCCAAAUUUGAGAUUUUUGGUUCCAACCGCCGUGUCUUUGUGAGACGCUGUGUGGGUGAACGGAUGAGCUCCGCAUGUGCAUUUCCCACUGUAAAGCAUGGAGGAGGAGGUGUUAUGGUGUGGGGGUGCUUUGCAGGUGACACUGUGUGUGAUUUAUUUAGAAUUCAAGGCACACUUAACCAGCAUGGCUACCACAGAAUUCUGCAGCGAUACGCCAUCCCAUCUGGUUUGGUCUUAGUGGGACUAUCAUUUUUUUUCCAACAGGACAAUGACCCAACACACCUCCAGGCUGUGUAAGUGCUAUUUGACCAAGAAGGAGAGGGAUGGAGUGCUGCAUUAGAUGACCUGGCCUCCACAAUCCCCAGACCUCAACCAAAUUGAGAUGGUUUUGGAUGAGUCGGACCGCAGAGUGAAGGAAAAGAAGCCAACAAGUGCUCAGCAUAUGUGGGAACUCCUUCAAGACUGUUGGAAAAGCAUUCCAGGUGAAGCUGGUUGAGAGAAUGUCAAGAGUGCUCAAAGCUGUCAUCAAGGCAAAGGGUGGUUAUUUGAAGAAUCUCAAAUAUAAAAUGUAUUUUUAUUUGUUUAACACUUUUUUGGUUACUACAUGAUUCCAUACGUGUUAUUUCAUAGUUUUGAUGUCUUCACUAUUAUUGUACAAUGUAGAAAAUAGUAAAAAUAAAGAAAAACCCUUGAAUGAGUAGGUGUGUCCAAACUUUUGACCAGUAGUGUAUGUACUGUAUAACCACAUUGAUGUAUGUAUAACCACAUUGAUUUAUGUAUAACCACGUUGAUAUAUGUAUAACCACAUUGAUGUAUGUAUAACCACAUUGAUGUAUGUAUAACCACAUUGAUGUAUGUAUAACCACAUUGAUGUUUGUAUGACCACAUUGAUGUAUGUAUAACCACAUUGAUGUAUGUAUAACCACAUUGAUGUAUGUAUAACCACAUUGAUAUAUGUAUAACCACAUUGAUGUAUGUAUAACCACAUUGAUGUAUGUACUGUAUAACCACGUUGAUGUAUGUAUAACCACAUUGAUGUAUGUAUAACCACAUUGAUUUAUGUAUAACCACGUUGAUGUAUGUAUAACCACAUUGAUGUAUGUAUAACCACGUUGAUUUAUGUAUAACCACAUUGAUGUAUGUAUAACCACAUUGAUUUAUGUAUAACCACGUUGAUGUAUGUAUAACCACAUUGAUGUAUGUAUAACCACGUUGAUGUAUGUAUAACCACAUUGAUGUAUGUAUAACCACGUUGAUGUAUGUAUAACCACGUUGAUGUAUGUAUAACCACAUUGAUGUAUGUAUAACCACAUUGAUGUAUGUAUAACCACAUUGAUGUUUGUAUGACCACAUUGAUGUAUGUAUAACCACAUUGAUGUAUGUAUAACCACAUUGAUGUAUGUAUAACCACAUUGAUAUAUGUAUAACCACAUUGAUGUAUGUAUAACCACAUUGAUGUAUGUAUAACCACAUUGAUGUAUGUAUAACCACAUUGAUGUUUGUAUGACCACAUUGAUGUAUGUAUAACCACAUUGAUGUAUGUAUAACCACAUUGAUGUAUGUAUAACCACAUUGAUAUAUGUAUAACCACAUUGAUGUAUGUAUAACCACAUUGAUGUAUGUAUAACCACAUUGAUAUAUGUACUGUAUAACCACAUUGAUGUAUGUAUAACCACAUUGAUGUAUGUAUAACCACAUUGAUAUAUGUAUAACCACAUUGAUGUAUGUAUAACCACAUUGAUGUAUGUAUAACCACAUUGAUGUAUGUAUAACCACAUUGAUGUAUGUACAGUAUAACCACAUUGAUGUAUGUACAGUAUAACCACAUUGAUGUAUGUACUGUAUAACCACAUUGAUGUACAGUUGAAGUCGGAAGUUUAAAUGCACUUAGGUUGGAGUCAUUAAAACUCGUUUUUCAACCACUCCACAAAUUUCUUGUUAACAAACUAUAGUUUUGGCAAGUCGGUUAGGACAUCUACUUUGUGCAUGACACAAGUAAUUUUUCCAACAAUUGUUUACAGACAGGUUAUUUCACUUAUAAUUCACUGUAUCACAAUACCAGAGGGUCAGAAGUUUACAUACACUAAGUUGACUGUGCCUUUCAACAACUUGGAAAAUUCCAGAAAAUGAUGUCAUGGCUUUAGAAGCUUCUGAUAGGCUAAUUGACAUAAUUUGAGUCAAUUGGAGGUGUACCUGUGGAUGUAUUUCAAGGCCUACCUUCAAACUCAGUGCCUCUUUGCUUGACAUUAUGGGAAAAUCAAAAGAAAGCCAAGAAAAAAAUUGUAGACCCCCACAAGUCUGGUUCAUCCUUGGGAGCAAUUUCCAAACGCCUGAAGGUACCACAUUCAUCUGUACAAACAAUAGUACGCAAGUAUAAACACCAUGGGACCACGCAGCCGUCAUACCGCUCAGGAAGGAGACGCGUUCUGUCUCCUAGAGAUGAACAUACUUUGGUGCGAAAAGUGCAAAUCAAUCCCAGAAAAACAGCAAAGGACCUUGUGAGGAUGCUAGAGGAAACAGGUACAAAAGUAUCUAUAUCCACAGUAAAACGAGUCCUAUAUCGACAUAACCUGAAAGGCCGCUCAGCAAGGAAGAAGCCACUGCUCCAAAACCGCCAUAAAAAAGCCAGACUACGGUUUGCAACUGCACAUGGGGACAAAGAUCGUACUUUUUGGAGAAAUGUCCUCUGGUCUGAUGAAACAAAAAUAGACCUGUUUGGCCAUAAUGACCAUCGUUAUGUCAAGCCGAAGAACACCAUCCCAACCGUGAAGCACAGGGGUGGCAGCAUCAUGCUGUAGGAGUGCUUUGCUGCAGGAGGGACUGGUGCACAUAUUGAAGCAACAUCUCAAGACAUCAGUCAGGAAGUUAAAGCUUGGUCGCAAAUGGGUCUUCCAAAUGGACAAGGACUGUCACGUCUCCGAUGCAGCAGGAGUUUCCCAGUGCCUCGACCAGCACCAGCAGCAGCUUGCCCAGUUGAACGCCACCAUGCAGAUAGUGCUCCAAACUCUGCAUAAUCUGCCCAGCGCUCCGGUUCCACCUCAGGGAGAGGCGAGUGCAUCCAAUCCACCUGUUCCCGUGCUAUCAACCACUUCUGCAGGAACACUUGCCCUACCGGAGCACUAUGACGGUAAAACUACUAAAUGUAGCGGCUUCCUGCUACAGGUUUCCCUUUAUCUGGCGCGUCAGCCUGGGGCAUAUCCAUCUGACCAAGCCAGGAUAGCGCUGGUGAUUUCGCUACUUAAAGGAAAGGCGCUGGAUUGGGCCACGGCAGUCUGGGAAGGAGAGGAGGCAGUGGCACUUCCCUACCCCACCUUCCUCACUCGGUUCAGGGUGGUGUUUGAUCAUCCCACGGAGGGAAAGGACAGGGAGCGUCUCCUCCAUCUACAACAGAGAGAGGGGCCCGCGUCCGAGUACGCUCUGAGCUUUCGCACGAUGGCGUCAUCUUCCGGCUGGAAUGAGCGUGCUCUGCGCACGGCCUUCAGGAGAGGCUUACGGGAGGACAUUAAGACGGAACUCGCAUGUCGGGACGACGAGAUAGACCUUGAACCCUCAUCACCACGUCCAUCCGCCUUGACGACAUGUUGAGAGAGAGAUGGCUUUCCCAACACCUUCCGGAGCCUCGACACUCACCCCAUCUGAGCUAUGGAAGCUGCCCUGCUUCCGAGUCCUCAGUCAUGGAGGUGGGCAGCAACCCUGAGGCUGACGCUGCCUUCAAGAGGCUGAAGGAGAGGUUCACCAUAGCGCCCAUCCUAAAACACCCAGAUCCCUCUCGUCCUUUCAUCCUGGAGGUGGACGCAUCAGAGGAGGGUGUGGGUGCGGUCCUCUCCCAGUGGCACGGUAAGCCAGAGAAAAUGUAUCCCUGUGCCUUUUUCUCUAAAAAGCUUACCCCCGCAGAGAGGAACUAUGGAGUUGGAGACAGGGAGCUGUUGGCAGUGGUCCUCGCUCUGGAGGAAUGGAGACACUGGCUGGAGGGCGCAGUCCAUCCAUUCCGGAUUCUUACUGACCACCGGAAUUUGGAGCACAUACGGGCAGCGAAACGGAUGAACUCUCGUCAAGCCAGGUGGGCCCAAUUUCUUACUCGUUUUCAAUUCAUUCUGUCCUACCGCCCAGGAUCCCAGAAUGUGAAAGCCGACGCACUCUCCAGUAUGCACCAUACCGGAGAAAGGAAGGAUCUGGGGGGUCCUAUCCUGCCCUCGUCUCUCAUCGUGGCACCUGUCGUUUGGGAUGUGGAUGAAGACAUCCGCCUGGUGGCUCAGGAGGACCCAACGCCUGCCAACGCCCCUCUGGGGCGCAUGUAUGUACCCACCAGUGUCCAUGACCGCCUGCUGAUCUGGGCGCACACCACCCUUACGGCAGGGCACUCUGGUAUUACGCGCACCCUGCUUUCUCUAGCCCAAAGGUACUGGUGGCCCACUUUGGCUUCUGAUGUCUCCCGCUAUGUCAACUCCUGUUCCGUAUGUGCCCAAACGAAGACACCUCGGAACGCCCCGGCAAGCAAACUAGUUCCUCUCCCAGUGCCUCAGCGACCUUGGUCACACCUGUCCAUAGACUUUGUCACUGACCUUCCACGUUCUGACGGCUUCACCACAGUCAUGGUGGUAGAUCGGUUCUCCAAAUCAUGCCGUGUUUUGCCACUAACUGGUCUUCCUUCUGCUCUCCAGGUCGCUGAGGUCCUGUUCCAACAGGUCUUCCGGCAUUAUGGACUUCCGGAGGACAUCGUCUCAGACUGUGGCCCCCAAUUCACCUCCCGAGUGUGGAAGGCUUUCCUGGAGAAGAUCGGGGCCACGGCCAGCCUCACUUCCCGGGUAUAGGCCUCAGUCGAAUGGGCAGGUGGAGCGCAUGAACCAGGAGCUGGGGAGGUUUCAUCUUUGCCACUGUCAGGACCGGCAGGGUGAGUGGGCAAGGUUUCUUCCCUGGGCAGAAUAUGCCGCACAUGUCCAUCUCCAGAGGGCCAUUCGUCGGCAGAUGGACCAAGCCGACCGCCACCACAGUGAGGCCCUGGUAUUCCAGCCUGGUGAUCGUGUCUGGCUGUCCACAAAAAACCUCCCUCUCCGCCUGCCCUGCAAGAAACUGAGCCCCCGGUUUGUGGGGCCGUUUAAGGUCCUCCGACAGAUAAAUUAGGUAUCAUACCGGCUGCUCCUUCCCCCUCACUACCGUGUCUCACCCACUUUUCAUGUGUCUCUCCUCAGGCCGGUGGUUCUUGGUCCGCUGGCAGAUGCCGUCCCCCGGGGUACGCCUCCUCCGCCCCUGGACAUUGACGGGAGUCCGGCGUAUCCGGUGAGAGAUCUGCUGGACUCCAGGUUCCGUGGGGACAGCUCCAUUACCUGUUGGACUGGGAGGGGUAUGGUCCUGAGGAGAGGAGCUGGGUUCCGGCUGGAAACGUUCUGGACCCCAACCUAAUUCGGGACUUCCACCGUCGCUGCCCUGACCGGCCCGCUCCUCGUCCUCGGGGUUGUCCUCCUGGCCAGCGACGUCAUGCGGCUGGAGCCGUGCGUCCGGGGGGUUGGGGGGGUUGGUACUGUCACGUCUCCUCCCGUUGCUCCUCUCCGGCGCUCUGAUUCGCCGGUCUACUGAGCCACCGGUCUGAGCGCACCACCUCGGCAACACCAGAAUGGAAACCCAACGCACCCUCCAGCGCACCUGCACCUCAUCAUCUCAUCACCACCCCUAUUUAGCCCUGGACUGUUCUGUAUUUUGUUGUGUGUGAUUGUUAAGCGUUGUGUCGUUUACUCUCUCUUUGUUAUUCUCUUUCUCAUUAUUAAGUAAACCUUGACCUUGUUACUUCCUGCGUCUGCGUCCUGCCUCUUCGUAUAUCAGUACUUGUCAUAAUGUCCCCAAGCAUACUUCCAAAGUUGUGGCAAAAUGGCUUAAGGACAACAAAGUCAAGGUAUUGGAGUGGCCAUCACAAAGCCCUGACCUCAAUCCUAUAGAAAAUAUGUGGGCAGAACUAAAAAAGCGUGUGCGAGCAAGGAGGCCUACAAACCUGACUCCGUUACACCAGCUCUGUCAGGAGGAAUGGGCCAAAAUUCACCCAACGUAUUGUGGGAAGCUUGUGGAAGGCUACCUGAAACGUUUGACCCAAGUUAAACAAUUUAAAGUCAAUGCUACCAAAUACUAAUUGAGUGUAUGUAAACUUCUGACCCACUGGGAAUGUGAUGAAAGAAAUAAAAGCUGAAAUAAAUCAUUCUCUCUACUAUUAUUCUGACAUUUCACAUUCUUAAAAUAAAGUGGUGAUCCUAACUGACCUAAGACAGGGACUUUUUACUAGGAUUAAAUGUCAGGAAUUGUGAAAAACUGAGUUUAAAUGUAUUUGGCUAAGGUGUAUGUAAACCUCCGACUUCAACUGUAUGUAUAACCACAUUGAUGUAUGUAUAACCACAUUGAUAUAUGUAUAACCACAUUGUAUUUGUAUCCCUGGCUCCUAUAGAUUCUGCUGAAGAAGUGGAUCUUAACGUUGUUUACCAAGCAGCCGCCAAUGGGGACGUCAACACAUUAACAGCAACCAUACGGGAGGAUCCCUCCAUUUUGGAGUACUGUGAUGGUGAAGGUAUAAACUGCUAGGGUUGCAAAAUUCCUGUAACUUUCCCAAAAUCCAUGCUUUUCCGGAAAUCACGGUUGGAAGAGUCCUGGAAUCAGGGUGGAAUAAACAGGAAAUCCGUGAAUCCUCCAACCUGCAUGUGGAAAAAGCUGUAUGAAGUGCUUAUGAAGCCUGUAUGUAGUGCUUAUGAAGCCUGUAUGAAGUGCUUAUGAAGCCUGUAUGUAGUGCUUAUGAAGCCUGAAUGUGGUGCUUAUGAAGCCUGUAUGUAGUGCUUAUGAAGCCUUUAUAUAUGCUACUGUAUAUAAAGUAUUAGUUCACUUGGCUAAAGUGUGUCAAAGUGUACUAGUGACAAACUUCCAACGGCCCACUGACCAUCUGUCAUGCAGUAGGAUGCUGACAGCUAAUCCUAUCAACUAGAGACGGAAACACGGCUCCAAAUGAAACAGUUAUCUAUCAGUGAUCAGAAUCAGAACUGUUUUCUUGAUGUACAGCGUGGCUACAGGGCCUUGUUCUGGGAUCAGGGUUUCAGUAGCCCUAGUAAUGUGACCUCUUUCCCUUGUCUCCAGUCCUUCAUUGACAGAUGCCAUUGAUCAGAAAACAAAGUCCUAAUUAUCCACCGUUUUCCAGAUGUAUGCACUUGUACACUCCCCUUCAUGGAUUUUAAAGCAUAUGAUUGGUGUAAGUAAUUACACCGUCAGGUAUUGGCUGAAGUGAGUUUAGACUUUCCACCAUGAGUGUACACUUUGGGAGAAGGGGGGAGAACUGGGAUGCAGCCCACUACUGAUAAAGGAAAGGAGGCAAGGAGAGGGAGUGACUUUCAAGACUGCACCCAUAUGUUUAAUGUGCCAUCUAUCCCAUGUUCUCCGGCUGUAGGCUCCACCCCUUUGAUGCAUGCGGUGUCGGGGAGGCAGGUGGACACGGUGAAACUGCUGCUGAAGAUGGGCACCUCCAUCAAUACCCAGGAUGCCUGUGGAAGGACCUCGCUCUCCCUAGCGACAUAUCUGGUACCACACACACACACACAACACACAAAACACACACACACACACAACACACAACACACAACACCUGCUCGCUCACUGGUUUUGUUGUGAUCUCUGUUUUUUGUUUAGUUUCUACAAUUGUAAAGCGACUUUGGGUCACUGAAAAGCGCAUCAGUAUGAAAAAUGUAUGCACUCACUAACUGUAAGUUGCUCUGGACAAGAGCGUCUGUUAAAUGACUAAAAUGUAAAUGUACAUGUAAAUAUAAAUCACAUGUAUUAUUAUUAUUAUUAUUAUAUAGAGAUGUUCAGCACCUGACAUACCGGUAGAUAACUUCAUCCAAAUACAUUAGGGCUGUAUGAAUACUUUUUAUAAGCCUCUUCAUUCCUCCUUUCGUUGGACUAAAGUCACAAUCUAACAUGACACAGUUGAAUAGUGAAAGAAAUCCUGUCAUAUCAGUGAUUGAUUACUUAAAAGGGAAGGAUGCAAGUAUUGAAAGCGGAUCCCUAUGUCUGUCACACUAAUAGUCAGGAGUAUGGUUCAUUUCUUAUGAAGUUAGAGUCUAAACUGUACUGAACAACAGCCAUCCAAGUAGUUGUCUGGCAACUUUUAGAAAGUGCAUUGCAUAAUUGUCAGAAACAACUGUUUUCUUUGAAAAACUAAAUCCUUUGUGCAUUUGUCUUUGAGCAGCACAUUCAAAAAGCCACAUUAUAUGGUUCUGUCGCAAAAAAAACAGAAGUGCCGUGAUAACCUCCAUUUUUUUUUUUGUCUUUUGAAGGGGUGGCUUAAAGGCUGCGUGUGUUUACUGCGAAAUGGAGCCAAGCAGAACAUCCCCGAUAAAAAUGGUCGCCUGCCUCUUCACGCAGCGACCGCUGAGAUCGACCUCAAGUGAGAGCAUUAGCAAAUAAUUCAUUUAAAACAUGUUUACAGCGUAGCCAUUAUUCUAACUAUAGAGUACAGAUGUAGGGUCUUAAUUUGAGCCAGUUUGCUACAGCAGGAAAAUUAUCCUGCAGCAACAGGAAAUUGAAUUAUUAUGUGAAUUAUAAUUAAUGGGCAUUUUUGUAAGGGUUGGUGCAUUUUUUGUAAGGGCAAAUCAAGUCAGACAUUUCAAAGUGGAAAUUACAAACUUUAGAAGCCUUUUAAAAACUAAAAUACACUACAAGUUUGCAUUUCCUAUCAAAUUAAGAUCCUACAUCUGUAGGCAUUGAAAACAAUGGUGUUAGAAGAAACCGUUGGAGAUAUGAGUCAUAGGCGUAAUCAUGGCAUAAAAGAUGCUGAACAACAAGCGCAUUAGCAAGCAUCCACUUCAGGAAAUAGAAAGGCCACCUCUGUAACAUCACACACACAAUAUCAAUAAGCACUCAGUCUCCAUGUUACACUGUCCAUGUUAUGUAUAUAAAAGGAGGCUAAUGGCUCAGCGACUGCUGCAAGUUUAGUAGCUUAUUUACUCUAACAGGAAAGCCUGGUUUACCAGGGUGUGUGUGUGUGUGUGUGUGUGUGUGUCUGUGUGUGCAGUCCCCAUAGCGACCACAGACCUUUGCUUGAUAUGCUAAGGCAGCAGCAGCUGCUCCAGUGGUCUCUCUCUCUCUCUCUCUCUCUCUCUCUCUCUCUCUCUCUCUCGCUCUCUCUUUCCCUCCCUCUCUCUCUCUCUCUCUCUCUCGCUCUCUCUCUCUCUCCCUCCCUCACUCCCUUAUCUUGCUCCCUCUCUCUGAACGUGGGAAGACAGGGAUCCAGCAGCCCAGUGCUGCAUCUGGUCGACAACAACAGAGGCACUUUCUCUCUUCCUGCUUCCUGUCUCUCCCAGGCCAUCUGGCAAAGCUCUCUUCUAUUAGCUGCCGGACUUGAUAACAGUAAAUGAGAGGUCUCUCGUUGAAUUGGUUGAAUUGCAGAGGCGUAGCCUAGUAACUUACCCUCAACUCCACAGCCGAGACUGAAUAACAAAAUAUAAGUCUGUAGCAUUUGGACACUCCUAUUAGUACCAUGUUUGUAAACCCCCCAUGUGAGCCAGUUAGUGUAGAAUAAUGAUAUAUUACUGUCCCCUGUAGCUCAGUUGGUAGAGCAUGGCGCUUGCAACGCCAGGGUUGUGGGUUCGUUUCCCACGGGGGGGGCCAGUAUGAAAAAUGUAUGCACUCACUAACUGUAAGUCACUCUGGAUAAGAGCGUCUGCUAAAUGACUAAAAUGUAAAAAUGUAACAGCAUGUUUCAGGGGAUCAGUUAGUGCAGAAUAACAGCAUGUUUCAGGGGAUCAGUUAGUGCAGAAUAACAGCAUGUUUCAGGGGAUCAGUUAGUGCAGAAUAACAGCAUGUUUCAGGGGAUCAGUUAAUGCAGAAUAACAGCAUGUUUCAGGGGAUCAGUUAGUGCAGAAUAACAGCAUGUUUCAGGGGAUCAGUUAGUGCAGAAUAACAGCAUGUUUCAGGGGAUCAGUUAGUUCAGAAUAACAGCAUGUUUCAGGGGAUCAGUUAGUGCAGAAUAACAGCAUGUUUCAGGGGAUCAGUUAGUGCAGAAUAACAGCAUGUUUCAGGGGAUCUGUUAGUGCAGAAUAACAGCAUGUUUCAGGGGAUCCGUUAGUGCAGAAUAACAGCAUGUUUCAGGGGAUCAGUUUGAAUAAGGCGAGGCGCAGAAUCGAUAUUCUUGAUCACAUAAUGAAUACUUAUUUGGGUUGCUAUGGUGAUGUGUAGAUCUGUGAUUCUGUGCAGUCCGACUGCAAUGUAGUCUUAUCUCAAACCUGCCCCAUUACCCUUGAUACACGUUGUGCAGGUUUUGACAAUACAACCUUUGAUUUGAUUCGCAGACUCAUGGCAGUCCUGCUGCAGCAAUCGACUGCGUGUGAAAUCAACCACCAAGACAACGAGGUAUGAGAGCUGAACAGUGAUACCGUAGUAACCUGAGAAUACACAGUACUGGCAUGGGACAGGAGGCCGAAUACGAUAAAAAGAGCCUCUCCCUGAUGUGACGGAAGUCUACUAGCUCUAAGAGGGAAAGCAUGAUGAAUGACCUGAAUAGGAAAUCCUGCUCUUGACAUCUACGCUCUGAUGUACCAUAAGUAGGGCCUGGAGUUUUUCUGACCACCUGACAAUGUAAAGCUCCAGGCCCUAGUUUUAGGUUGAUGUGGUCAGGAAAAAACUCAGGAGUAACCAACAAUAAGGAAUGAUAAACUAAGAUGAUGCUACAUUCAGUGUGUAGAAAGCUAUGUCUAGUUUGCAAUACGAUCGAUUCUCAUUGGUUCUCUGUAGGGCAUGACGGCUCUUCAUUGGGCAUCUUUCCACAACCGUCCUGAGCAUGUGCAGGCUCUCCUGCAGAAAGGGGCGGAUCCCACACUGGUGGACAAGGACUUCAAGACAGCCCUCCAUUGGGCAGUGCAGGUAGGAGACAGCCCUCCAUUGGACAGUGCAGGUAGAAGACAGCCCUCCAUUGGGCAGUGCAGAAAGGGGAAAACUUACUGCCACUGUGGGAUUUGAACAAGGUCUUUAAGGGCCAGUUUCACGGACACAAAUUAAGCCUGGACAAAGAAAUCAAUGGAGAUUGUCAUUUGAGCAUGCCUUAAGUUGUUCUGGAAAAGAGCGUCUGCUAAAUGUAGUAUGUAGAAAGUUACAGAUGCACAAAAAUUAUACCCCAAGACAUGCUAACCUCUCACCAUUACAAUAACAGGGGAGGUUAGCAUUUUAUAUCAUACCCCAAGACAUGCUAACCUCUUACCAUUACAAUAACAGGGGAGGUUAGCAUUUUUGGGGGGGUAUGAUAUUUAUGGCUCUGUAACUUUCUCACUCAUCAUUAUUCAAGAUUCAUUCAGGAUUAUCCGUAAUCAUGGUGGCAUCCACAUUAAUGUAGUAGUGUUUAGUAACAUAUUCUAUUCUUAUUUACAAUAAAAGUGACUCCAACAUGACACAAUAUAUUAUUUACCAUUAAUUUCUAUUGGGGACAAAAUAAUCUGAAACACAACCAAAACAAACAGCAAAUGCAUCCAACAAGUUUGUAGAGUCACAAGCUUGAUGUAAUCAUUGUGUGUUAGGAAUAUGGGACCAAAUACCAAAUUUUUGACUACUUUAAUACACAUACAAGUGAAUUUAUAUAAGUGAAUUUGUCCCAAUACUUGGUCCCCUAAAAUGGGGGGACUAUGUACAAAAAGUGCUGUAAUUUCUAAACGGUUCACCCGAUAUGGAUGAAAAUACCCUGCAGUCUGCACUUUAACCUCAUAGUCAUUGUAUCAUUUCAAAUCCAAGGUGCUGGAGUACAGAGCCAAAACAACAAAAAAGGUGUCACUGUCCUAAUACUUUUGCAGGUCACUGUAUUUAUUUAUUUGUGGACCGUUUUUGUUUCGUUACUGUCUGGUAAUUAUUUCUGGCUUCAUUCAAGGUUUGCAAUAAUCCGCCAUUUAUGAAACCACAUCGGCUGAUAGCUUCUACACUACAUAUUUUAGUUCUAAAGCUUCUACACUACAUAUUUUAGUUCUAAAGCUUCUACACUACAUAUUUUAGUUCUAAAGCUUCUACACUACAUAUUUUAGUUCUAAAGCUUCUACACUACAUAUUUUAGUUCUAAAGCUUCUACACUACAUAUUUUAGUUCUAAAGCUUCUACACUACAUAUUUUAGUUCUAAAGCUUCUACACUACAUAUUUUAGUUCUAAAGCUUCUACACUACAUAUUUCAGUUCUAAAGCUUCUACACUACAUAUUUUAGUUCUAAAGCUUCUACACUACAUAUUUUAGUUCUAAAGCUUCUACACUACAUAUUUUAGUUCUAAAGCUUCUACACUAGUAGAUUUAAAAGCUUGCAAGUACAGGUGCAUUACAUACUAUGCAUUGUAGAUAAAUCCACUUCUAGACUCACACAUCUGAGCAACCACGCAGUGAUCAUGUUCUGUUUUAUGUAAUUUGUUUCUCAUUCAGGAUACCAGUGCCACCACCUGGCCCAUACUGUGACAUGUGAAUCCCAAAAUAGUCUGAAAUGAGGAAGUGUCUGGUGGGACACAAGAUCAGUGCACCAUAUUCUAAUACAUGGUCAGAGUUGUCUUAGUCAGCUUUGUCAAUUUGCAACAUGAUCAGGUUGUUAAUGUCACUGCAAUUAUUCAUAGCAGUGAUGGUCAGAGGCUGUAUAUAUCAAGCGUCUCAGAGUAGAAGUGCUGAUCUAGGAUCAGCUUAGCCUUUUUGAUCACUAUGAAUAAGAUUAAAUAGACUGUGGGGAGACAUAAUAAUAUAACAUGCCAUUUAGCAGAUGCUUUUAUCCAAAGUGACUUACAGUCAUGCGUGCAUCAAUUUUUUUUGUGUAUGGGUGGUCCCGGGGAUCGAACCCACUACCUUGGCGUUACAAGCGCCGUGCUCUACCAGCUGAGCUACAGAGGACAUGAUCCUAGAUCAGCACACAUCUAACUUCCCCUGCCCUGUUGCAUUUAAAAAAGCAAUAAAUAUCUUCAUUACACACAUAUGUCAUUAAAUAGUUUUUGUUCUGAGUGCAAAUCGGGCCUUUGUAUGAAACAGAGGUGGUUCAGUGAACCAUGCUUGUGUUGAUGAGUAACCUUGCCUGAGACCUGAAGACAUGCCUUAGCUCCCUGCAGCUAACAGUCUUAUUCAAUGGAUUUAAAACCCUGCUGUUCUAAUCAUCCUUCUCUUUCUCUCUCUCUCUCUCUCUCUCUCUGUCUCUCUCUCUCUCUCUCACUCUCUCUCUCUCUCGCAGAGUGGCAGCAGAUUAAUGUGUUCUCUCAUCCUGGAUCACCACCUGGGCUCCUCGGUCAUCAACUAUGACGACGAAAAUGGCAAGACCUGCGUUCACAUCGCCGCUGCCGCCGGAUACAGCGACAUCCUCUAUGAGUUGGCGCGCUUUGCUGAGACCAACCUGCAGGCCCUGGAUGUAGACGAACGGUAACAGAAAUGGCAGCACAUUGUUUUCUUUGAAAUUGCAUGCCACCAGUCUAUGUUUGUCAAACAAAAACCAUUGAUUGCAAAGUUAAACAAACCAUAAAUCUCCAUGCACAAGGACCAAUUUUAACAAUUUCCACUGAACAUUUUACAAAAACAAAUUUACUUGAAGAACAGUGCAGAUGCAAAGUUUGGUAACAGAAUGACAGUUUGUGCUGUUUGUGCCGUCAUUCAGUUACCAAAUUUAUAAAAGUAGUCAUUGUGCAUAGAAAAUGUUUGACAAAGUCUCAGCAUCAUUCUGUUACCGUGGAAUUGACCAAUACUGGUUGGUAAAUGCAUUGAUUUAUCAUGAAUAACUGCACUAUUCAUGUAGGUUGAUCCGGUGGAAAGAAUAAGAUCUGUUCAUCCUCCAGGACCCCUCUUCAUUGGGCGGCAGCAGCGGGGAAGGAGGACUGUGUCCAGGCCUUACUGCAGCUAGGGGUGGAGACAGGGCCCAGGGAUAUCAAUGAGAACACACCGCUUACAUAUGCAAUGUACUGUGGCCACACUGCCUGCAUCAAGCUCCUCUCAGCUGACAACAGGUUGAAUAACGCUGCAUUCCGUGUGUGUGUGUGCGUGUGUGCGUGUGUGUGUGUGUGUGUGUGCAUAUACACUACCAGUCAAAAGUUUGGACACACCUACUCAUUCAAGGGUUUUUCUAUAUUUUUACUAUUUUCUACAUUGUACAAUAAUAGUGAAGACAUCAAAACUAUGAAAUAACACAUAUGGAAACAGGUAGUAACCAAAAAAGUGUUAAACAAAUCCAAAUAUAUUUUAUAUUUGAGAUUCUUCAAAUAGCCACCCUUUGCCUUGAUGACAGCUUUGAACACUCUUGGAAUUCUCUCAACCAGCUUCACCUGGAAUGCUUUUCCAACAGUCUUGAAAGAGUUCCUUCAUAUGCUGAGCACUUGUUGGCUGCUUUCUCCUUCACUCUGCUAUCCGACUCAUCCCAAACCAUCUCAAUCGGGGGAUUGUGGAGGCCAGGUCAUCUGAUGCAGCACUCCAUCACUCUCCUUCUUGGUCAAAUAGCCCUUACACAGCCUGGAGGUGUGUUGGGUCAUUGUCCUGUUGAAAAAUAAAUGAUAGUCCCACUAAGCCCAAACUAGAUGGGAUGGCGUAUCGCUGCAGAAUGCUGUGGUAGCCAUGCUGGUUAAGUGUGCCUUGAAUUCUAAAUAAAUCACAGACAGUGUCACCUGCAAAGCACCCCCACACCAUAACACCUCCUCCUCCAUGCUUUACGGUGGGAAUUACACAUGCAGAGAUCAUCCGUUCACCCACACCGCAUCUCAAAAGACACAGCGGUUUGAACCAAAAAUCUCUAAUUUGGACUACAGACCAAAGGACAAAUUUCCACCGGUCGAAUGUCCAUUGCUCGUGUUUCUUGGCCCAAGCAGGUCUCUUCUUCUUAUUGGUGUCCUUUAGUAGUAGUUUCUUUGCAGCAAUUCGACGAUGAAGGCCUGAUUCACACAGUCCCCUCUGAACAGUUGAUGUUGAGAUGUGUCUGUUACUUGAACUCUGUGAAGCAUUUAUUUGGGCUGGAAUUUCUGAGGCUGGUAACUCUAAUGAACUUAUCCUCUGCAGCAGAGGUAACUCUGGGUCUUCCAUUCCUGUGGCAGCCCUCAAGAGAGCCAGUUUCAUCACUUGAUGGUUUUUGCGACUGCACUUGAAGAAACUUGCAAAGUUCUUGAAAUGUUCCGCAUUGACUGAUCUUCAUGUCUUAAAGUAAUGAUGGACUGUCGUUUCUCUUUGCUUAUUUGAGCUGUCUUGCCAUAAUAUGGACUUGGUCUUUUACCAAAUAGGGCUAUCUUCUGUAUACCCCCCCCCCCCCCCACAUACAUUAAUUUAUUUUAUUUUUUCAUACUGGCCCCCCGUGGGAAACGAACCCACAACCCUGGCGUUGCAAACGCCAUGCUCUACCAACUGAGCUACAUCCCUGCCGGCCAUUCCAUCCCCUACCCUGGACGACGCUGUGCCAAUUGUGCGCCGCCCCAUGGGUCUCCCGGUCGCGGCCGGCUACGACAGAGCCUGAUUGGCUCAAACGCAUUAAGAAGGAAAGAAAUUCCACAAAUUAACUUUUAAGAAGGCACACCUGUUAAUUGAAAUGCAUUCCAGGUGACUACCUCAUGAAGCUGGUUGAGAGAAUGCUCAAAGCUGUCAUCAUGGCAAAGGGUGGCUAUUUGAAGAUUUUCAAUUAUAAAAUAUAUUUUGAUUUGUUUAACACUUUUUUGGUUACAACAUGAUUCCAUAUGUGUUGUUUCAUAGUUUUAUGUCUUCACUAUUAUUCUAGAAUUGAAAAAAUAGUAAAAAUAAAGAUAAACCCUUGAAUGAGUAGGUGUGUCCAAACUGGAAAUGGCCAUGCAAUAAUUCUGUGUGCAGUCGGACAUGUCGAUUAUUUGCAGAUUAGUAAAGCCAAAAAUCUCUGGGAAAAGAAAAUGCCUGCCAUCCAUCUUAAACCAGAGUUGUGAAUAAGACUUUAUGGUCUCAUUGAUUGAUUGUCCACAGAGCCGAAUCAGCCAGACAGCUGCCUUCCCAGGGCAGUGAUCCAUCCCAGCUGCCUUCCCAGGGAAGUGACCCAUCCCAUCUGCCUUCCCAGGGGAGUGACCCAUCCCAGCUGCCUUCCCAGGGGAGUGACCAAUUCCAGCUGCCUUCCCAGGGGAGUGACCAAUCCCAGCUGUCUUCCCAGGGGAGUGACCCGUCCCAGCUGUCUUCCCAGGGGAGUGACCUGUCCCAGCUGUCUUCCCAGGGGAGUGACCCGUCCCAGCUGCCUUCCCAGGGGAGUGACCCGUCCCAGAAGAAGGAGGGCAAGUUCCGCAUGCUCAAUCAGAUCUUCUCCUGCAAGAGGAAGGAGCACUAUGCCGCCCGCCAGAGAGAGCUGGGCCGCGACGGACACCUGAGGGAGGAGACCUCAGAGGUGGAUGACAUCAUCACCAUGUUUGACUGCCUGGCGGACUCCUCCUCGGCCAAGGAGCCUGAAAACGAACGCUCCAAAGUCAGGAAACGGCCUUUGGUCGAAGCGGCGCAGAAACUCAAUCCACUCGACAUCCGGACCGCGAAGGACUACAAGGGACUGCCUCCCAUACGGACACAAAGUCUUCCGCCCAUCAAUCUGGGAACGUCUUUGCUGGCCAUCUCCCAGAGUGCUGUGGAGCAGAGUCACACCACGAGGCCGAUGGUCAAUCACUUUGCCCACCGCUCUCAGAAAAGCAAGAGUGAGCAUGACUUGUUUGACAGCAGGCCGAAGGGACAAGCGUUGGUCAGUCAUUCCUGGAAGACCGAGUCCAAUCAGUCCAUUUUGGCCCACAAAUCCUGGAUUUCACCCCCAACAGAAAGGCUGUUGGACAAACUGUACCAUGAGACUUCCGGACCUAUGGAUGUCCUCUGCCCACACCAAGCCCCAUACAUACAGAAGAAUGAACAAGGUAUUAUUAGUUGUGUCUUUCACAAGGUGGGAUGAGUUGUCUUUUACAAGGUAGGAUGAGUUGAGUUCUUCACAAAAAGGAGAGGCUAACAGUCUCUGGUUUAGCAGAGGGGAAGUGUGACUUACUGAAACAUCUAAACUUGUGGUGCAUUCUCAUGAGUUAUCAAGUGAGUCAUCACAUUCCUUUCACCAGAGCUAAGCAGCAGUUAGCAAAAAAACCACAUCCUGCUAAGAUAAUAUACUGUAGAUAGCUACACUUGACUUCACAGUUCACACCUUGAGACCACUUAGAUUCAAAACCAGUAGGCCUAACCGUUUUUCUGUCUAAAAUAGAUUGACAUUAUUUUGCAAGGGAGUGAUGCAAGAGAACAUGUGUGAACUUCUAUGCAGUUGAGUUUUGAUGAUUCUUCUCAACAAGGGAACGUAACAUCUGCAUUACAUUGCCACAACGUAUGCAUCCAAGUGCAUGCUAAUAACAUGAUGUACUUCUCCUCAUCACAGCUCCAAAUACACAGCUGCUACCUCUGGACAGGUUAAACAUGAGGGAAACUGCCCUAACACGGAACUGCUUGGCCCCCAUUCGUGACCACUGUACCCACCGGUGUAAGUACUUUUUUUCAUGACUAUGUAGCCUUGAAAACUUCAGAGCUCUGAAUGCAUGCAUGAAUCCGAUUCCUUUCUGUGCUAAAACUAGAGGGCUCGAUGUUAUAUUCUGUAAGGGAAACAGGUCCCAUCCUUGGGGAUGUAUUGUCAUGCCUUAGUAUCACUGUCAACAUCACAAUCUAUACAACAUAUUCCACUACAAUUUCAGUAUAGCCAGCCCAGUGCUACUAGAGUGUACACAUAGCUUUGUGACUUUUUUCGGUCAAGUCUUGAGGCAGUGUCUGUAGACGGCGGCUGUAGUGUUUCACUCCAGAGUGGCAGAGUCACAUUCAGUGCACAGGAAGGUAUGUCCGAAUGUUGAGAGGUGGAGGUGUAGACAUGAUCGCCAACACAUCACCAAACACUUAACAAGCUUUUCCCUCUGCAGUCUCUUUGCCACCAGACCAAGUCUCUAAAGGGGUAAAGAAGUGCAAGUCCCUGCCUCUCAACACCCUGGGUCGGGGACAAGGAGGUCUCCCGCCACCUGUGACCUCCAAGUCCCAGAGGCCAGGGAUCCCCCAAAGCCCGUCCUUGUGCUCCUUCCUGCCCAUGCUGAAUGGAGACCCUCUGAGGAGCGUCCAGGUGCUCCCCGCCAUCCCAUCCCAGAGGAAACACAGCCCCACUGUGGGCCAACCCAAAAUGGACACCCUCAGUAAACUGGACGACAGAACCUGAUGCAACCGCAUGGCUCAUUGGAGGCUUGGGGAGAUAUGUGGUGGAGUGGACCUGAUUGGAAUUGGGACUUGGCUGGGUUAGCUAGCAGCAGGCCAUUUUCUGUGGAAUUUGUCCCUAAGUGUAAAAAAAUAUAUAUAAAAAUUGGCCCUGAGUGUACAAACUGACUAAACUCAUCAAAAGGAACUCUACUGUAUGCCACAGUAAAUUGCUCAAGACUUUGCAAACAUUUGUUAAUAAACAGCAUCCUAUUUUUACACGUUUAUACUGUACUUUGUGGUGGAAACUCCACAAUUCAAGGCAUGCACUGUGUACUGUUUGAUUUUCUUGCACUUUGAAAUUGAGGCUUUACGUUUAGUUUGUCAUGUGACUGUUUCGCUAAAUGAAUAAAACAUAUGACAUUUGUA